GCGGUUCAUGGGGUCACAAAGAGUCGGACACGACUGAGUGACUGAACUGAACUGAGCUGGAUAAACCGUGUCCCAAGCAUGGUAGGCUGUGUGUGGCAUUCUUGGCCUCCACCCACUAGGUGUCAGUAGGAUCCCUGCCAAGUGUGACAUCUUCAGAUAUUGCCAGAUGUCCCCUCUGGGCAGAGUUGCCAGAUAAAAGUAUAGAAGGGCCAGUCACAUUUCGAUUUCAGAAAAGAAACAAUAAUCUUUCAGCACGUGCAGGUCCCAAAUAUCACCAUCCUAUAAUCUUACUCGCUGAAUCUAUUAACUCCACCUCAGGGGCAAAUCUCCCUUCUUGAGAAUUACUGGCCAAAUCUAACCCUUCGGGCCUGGAUUGUGAGGGGCAGUAGGUGAAAAGAUCUAAUGAGAUCAUCAAAGGCCAUUACCCCAGAAAGGCAAGAACUUUAUCAUACUCAUCUGUGUAUCCCUAGGGAGAAGUAGACUCUCAUUAAAUAUUCUAUCUGAGAUAGCAGGUAUGAGGAACGUUUGAACUCUAUCAGGUUCAGGACUGGGCGUUGGGUACACACUCCCUGCCCUCAGGGAGCCCAUGGUCCAGCAGGCAUAAACUGAAAAUGGUGUUUGAUUUGACCCACUUAGCACUUUCAGAUUUGACUUUGUGUUCAACAUUCUAAAAAUGGAAGCCACUACGUAAAAGUCACGAUUUUUAGUGUCUCUUAAAAGAUGUGGUACAUCUUCCAAAUGCUUGGAACAUCUGGCAAUUAGAUUUGCACUCCCAGGUGGCAAGUCUUGCCUGGAGCUGAGAGAUGGGUCCCCGUUUUCCCCACCGUCCCCACCACAGUCCCUCUUGCCCCGUUCCAGCACCCUGCACCCAUUUAUAUCGGUUAUCUGCCUGGUGCCUGAAGGCAGUUGGAUUUCAAAGCUCUGGUCUGAUGGGGAAGAAGUAUUAGCAUAGAAUGUCCUGUUAGGUGAUCUGUGUAAGGCUGGUACUUGAUCCCCAUUUUACAGAUGAAGAAACUAAGGUUUAGGGAGGUUAAGUGAAUUGCUUGAGAUCAUGACAGCAAGGCUGGAUUGGAACCCAAAUCCCAGGACCCCUGGGCCUAUGCCCUGGCCAGAGAUCCCCCUGAGAAGCAAUUCAACCGCAAGGGCAAGAACACCGUGGCACCGGGAACCCAGAGGGGAAGUGGUGACAGGCACGGAAGACCAGAGCUCCCCACACUCACUCAUCUGUGAGAAACCAGAUGAGCGAGGAAGCUGGUUUGAGGAGAGCAGCCCCAGGAGCUCUGCCUGGGACACAGGGCCGGACCUGAGACGCGAUCACCAGCACUCAAGGUCCAGCAAGAUCAGGGUGCUCAACCACCAGACAACUCAAAGACUUCUUGGCAAGCCCAGCAGAAGCCCAGGGACCCACCCCAUGGAGAUAUGCCUGAAGAUAGAGGCAGCCAAUGGCUCCAGCGAUGGCUUGAAUUUCAACCCCAUGAAGGAGUACAUGAUCCUGAGCGGUCCCCAGAAGAUCGCGAUCGCGGUGCUGUGCACCCUCCUGGGCCUGCUGAGCGCCCUGGAGAACUUGGUUGUUCUCUACCUCAUCGUGUCCUCACACCGGCUCCGCAAGAAGCCCUCCUACCUGUUCAUUGGCAGCUUGGCUGGGGCCGACUUUCUGGCCAGUGUGGUCUUUGCCUCCAGCUUUGUACAUUUUCACGUCUUUGAUGGCGUGGAUUCCAAAGCUGUCUUCCUGCUGAAGAUCGGCAGCGUGACUCUGACCUUCACGGCCUCCCUAGGCAGCCUGCUGCUGACUGCCAUCGACCGCUACCUCUGUCUGCGCUACCCGCCUACCUACAAAGCUCUACUCACCCGCAGGAGGGCACUGGUGACCCUGGGCAUCAUGUGGGUGCUCGCCGCAUUGGUGUCCUACCUGCCCCUCAUGGGAUGGACCUGCUGCCCCAGGCCCUGCUCUGAGCUUUUCCCCCUGAUCCCCAACGACUAUCUGCUGGGCUGGCUCCUGUUUAUCGCGGCCCUCUUUGCCGGCAUCAUCUACACCUACGCGCAUGUCCUCUGGAAGGCCCACCAGCACGUAGCCAGCUUGGCUGAGCACCGGGACAGACACCUGUCUGGAAUGGCCCGGAUGCGGCUGGAUGUGCGGUUGGCUAAGACCCUGGGGAUGCUCCUAGCUGUGCUCUUCAUAUUCUGGUUCCCGGUACUGGCCCUCAUGGUCUACAGCCUGGGUGCCAGGCUAAGCGACCAGGUCAAGAAGGUCUUUGCCUUCUGCUCCUUGCUCUGCCUUGUCAACUCCAUGGUCAACCCCAUUAUCUAUGCCCUGCGGAGUGGGGAGAUCCGGUCCUCUGCCCAUCACCGCCUGGCCCGCUGGAAGAAGUGCGUGAGGGGCCUUGGGCCAGAAGGAAAAGGAGAGAUCCCCAGGUCCUCAGUCACUGAGACAGAGGCUGAUGUGAAAACCACCCCCGGGCUAGAUUCCAGAGAGCUAUCCUGGCCUGAUGAGCUCUGAUCACUGAUGUGAUCACUUUUUCACAUUAUGAAAUCAGCCAAGUCAGAAGUCAUUUCACUCCCCGGAGGAGGAAGAGUGGCCUUGAUCCUCUCAUCUGACUUGAACCAGACCCAGAGGCCUGGACACUUAGCCCUUUCCACUGAGUGUUGGUACUGACCCCUGGAAGGUAGCCUGGUCAUGCCUGUCUGCAUGACCUGAUCACAGUCUAUUGGGUAGUCAGGCCCUGUGAGGGGAGGCAAGGUGGGCAGGAGGCAGGCGGCUUGGGACAGGCUCAGUGCAGGUCAGAACAACCUUCCCAAUAAAACAGCUUAGUGCCUGAAUUCUCCAGAGACCCCAGGAGCCAGGUGGAGCUUUCACGCUCAGCAAUGAGGGACCUGGAGGAGAUCUGGGAAGAAUGAAUAAUUCUCCUGGGAUCUCAGGAUAUCAGAUGGGAUGGCUGGCCAGCCCUUCUUCCUGCUUAAUUGUUAGGGGCCUCCUUGGUUCUAGAGCUAUGAAAGGCCCUACCUGAAGGUCACCCUUCCCACAGAGGGCCAAGAACUAAAAUGCGACGAGGAUCAAGGAUGUCGAUCCACCUCUUGCAAAGGUAACUGACAAGUCUCCAGUUCAGAGCAUCUUAUUAUUAGGGCAGUGGCCCUCUCUGACACCCUGAUAAUCCCCACCCACAAUCACAGUGUCUCCUAGGGACCUGGGGAAUACAGAGGAGGCUGGGAUCGCUUGGCAUGCAGAAUCUUCAGAGAAUUCUGUUGGUCUUGCUAAGUCCUUUUUGGUGGUACCACUGGAAGCAGGCAGUGUGCCAGCCUAAUCCAACUCCAAGAAAAAGGAAGAUAUACACAAAGGUUUUAUAAAUCCCCGAAUUGUUCCCAGCCAUCCCUUGAUUCAGACCCUUUGUCUCCUCUACCACCUGAACCCUAUAAUAAAUAAUAAACAGAGCAAGUGGGAGGAGGGGGAAAUUCCCUUACCAUGUGACAAGCAUAGGGCUCAUGUCCCACAGUCCAUCAGCUCCAGCAAGGAUUCAGCCCCAUGCUUUUGAAGAUCCCAGGAUACCCAUGUUUUACAUUAUCAGGGAGGCUGGAUUCCUACCAAAGGGGCUUAAAGCAGUAGGCAGGAGAAAUUGUUGAUGGUAAGGAGGAUGCAUAAGAAUUCUGAUGCAAUUAUUUGGGACUACAGAUAGAAUAAAAGGAAAUGUAUUGAUUAAA